AAGAAACCACGUGCAACAGCAAGUAUUACAGAAUAUUUCCCGCCAUUCUUGAGCUGUAAACAAGGUGGAUCUCGAAGAAAACUUUUGUUGUGCCUACCAUCAUGCCUGGAUUGUUCGAUUACGUUAACCAACCACUUCAAAUAAUACAAAAAUUGUUCGAUCAACAAAGUUCAUUGAAACCAGAAUCAGUUUCAGACUAUUUUAGGAAAGAACUAGAAAAGCCAUCACUUGCAGCACAAGUGAAAUCUGUCAACUCCACAGCACUUCACGACCUGAUUCCCAACUCUUUAGUGCGUUAUCGAUGUAUGGUUCAAGAUAUGUUUGAUCCCGAAUUUUACAUGGGGACAUACAAAAUAAAGGACUCCUGCACAAAACAAACAUUUGUUAAGUGUGGAAUGUAUCGUGAUGUGGCAGAAUGCAAGCCCGAAGAAAUUAUAACUGAUAGUAAUCAAAUUGUGAUGCUUGACCGGCAAACCCUUUACUGUAUUCCAAUUCCAGCCGAGACACAAUGGGUGAAAAAAGGAUAUGCUGAGAAGGAAAACACAGUGUCUUCUGAGCUUAGUGCAAGUGCUAGUGGAUCCCUGAAGAGACCCCAUGAUGAUGUGGAUGAUGCUGAAGAUAUGGAAUGUACAAAUACUCAUGACACAGAAAUGAAUCCCGAAGACAAACGCAGCAGACAAAAUAUCUCUGAAGGCCAGAUAUCAACUACUUCUCCACUUGAUUUGAACUUUCCUCUUCCAGGUGAGACUGGUCCUGCAUGUUUAGUUAAGAUUUAUGACAAAAUUGAAACCUUGAAAGUAAAUGAUAUGCUUGAAGUGAUAGGUAUAUUAUCUAUAGACCCUUCCAUGGUAGCUGAUUCAUCAGACUUCUCAGGUGACAUUGAAGAAGGAAUGAAUUCUACAGCUGUUGAACAACAUUUACCACCACCAUCUCUGGUUCCACGAAUACAUGCAGUGAUGGUCAACAAAGUGAACCAUAACAAUCCUUGGCUUACUAAUUCUCUUGACAAAGAUAGUCAAGAAAAAAUUCUUGCAGAAGUUGGAGAAGAUCUGAAGACACUCCGAAGACGUCUUUUGGAACUGUUGCAACAGGUGACACUUGGAGACAGUUUGGCUGCAGAAUAUCUCCUCUGUCAUUUAAUUUCCUCCAUUUACUUUUCAUCCGGCCUUCUUCCUGUUGGUAAACUCUCUUUAAAUCUGAGCCGAGUUCCCACAUCCCUUGGAUAUGCCAAACUGCUGCACCAGUUUAUUUCUUCCCUUGUUACCAAGUGUUACAUGCUGCCGUUGAGCCUGAGUUAUCUCAACAGCAAGCUGUUCAGCCCUCAGAAAGACUAUUCCAAGAAUCGUUUAAAGACAGGUGUAUUACAAAUGAGCAAACAGACUCAUUUCAUACUUGAUGAAACACAACUAGAAGCUGGGCAGCUCAAUGUUGAAGGUCAUAAAAACAUCAAAGCAUUAGAAAAUGUUAUUCGCUUUCAGAAGAUAGAGUAUGAUUUUGGCUUCUACCAACGAGAAUAUGAAUCUAAUAUUGAAGUCCUUUGCAUUUCUGAAGGAAAAUCUAUUUUACCUGCAGAUGUUCACAUUCCACUUGACAUUAGCAUAAGAUAUGAAGACUUGGACAGUUAUUUUUCUCGUGUGAAUAAUGAACUGACUCCAAACCUGGUAAAAAAAUUCCAAAUCUACCUUGGUUUGGUGAAAAUGAUGGAAUAUACUCUAAAUAAGGAAUUUGAACAGUAUGUUCAGAAUGAUUUCAUUAGUAUGCGAAAAAAUGACAGUAAAAGUAUUACUGAAGAUGGAUUACAUUCUUUACUUAAUCUUACACGGUAUGUAACACCUUUGUAGUAUUCUUAAAGAAAUAUUGUAUGAAUGUUUAGACUACUACUAAGUAAUUUCUUUUCUUUUCAGACUUCUCACUAUGAGUUGGGGCAUUCCUGGUCCAACAACAGAAGUGUGGCAACGUGCCAAAGUUCUAGAAACCUCACGCAGAGAA